AUGGAGUCAUCAGCUGCGGCGGCAGAUGCGAUGAUGUCGGAAACCUUGCCGCCUAUAGCAGGGCUAUUACAGGGUUUUCAUACUCUGUCACCUACAGAGCGAAGAGAAUUUCUCUCCGCGCUGGUUCGUGAGUGCAAUGUUCGAGAGCUGUCUGAGUUGGAGGAGAGUAUUAUACCACGACUGAAAGUCGAUUUUCUAGAGCGUCUUCCUAUGGAAGUGGCGCUAUAUAUCCUCACGUACUUAGAGGAGCCCACAUCUCUUGUGCGCGCCUCUGCGGUGAGCCGUACAUGGCAUCGGCUUGCUACGGACGAGUACCUGUGGGGUUUUCUAUGUGUUCGCUACGCGUAUCAUACACCUUCGCGCCUACGUUGGAUGAUCCAAAGUUUGAUCCCACAUACGAAUGAGGGGAGCACGGAGGAUGUGGUGGACCCUAUGACCCAGGCCAAACGUCGGCGUCGUCGCUCCUUCUUUGCAAGUGCUGGCGAACUGCCGCCGACCACGAACUCGGCGAGUGUGAUGCUGCGAGACUAUUUCCGCCUAUGUUAUAUGACGGAGCGCAAUUGGCGGAAGGGCGGACGUCUUCUUAGCUCGUAUGUGACGAGUGAGCUAGCUGAUGCCGAUCCUGACCCCAAUCGGCGUCUUGCGCUCACAUGCUGUGCGAUGGAUCAGGAUUGGGUGGUGGCUGGGAUGACAGACAGUACAAUCUACGCCUUUCAUAUUCAGUCGGGACGUCUCAUACAUACACUACAUGGGCAUGACAGUGGCGUAUGGUGCCUGAUGCUGGCCACAGGCACGCAGCGGCCGACAGGCAAAGAAAAUCGUCGCGAGGAUACCAGUCUCGUCCAGACACAUAGGGAUAAGAGGCCCAGUGCUCAGCUGGCCUUGGUCUCUCGAGGAGGUCUUUCUGUACAAGAUGCGAUGCAUGUGGCACAGCAGUGCGAUCCCACAGACAUGGCCUGUGCCAGUACGUUGGGAUGGGGUCAGCCAGAUACGCGUUUGAUCAGCGCCGGGUCGGAUCGAAGUCUGCGUGUAUGGAACAUGUCGACAGGUGUGUGUGAGCAAACGCUGAAAGGGCACACAUCGACCAUUCGGUGUGUACAAGUGGUUGCACAGGAGCCAGUGGCCAUUACAGGCUCACGCGAUGGUACUUUGCGGGUGUGGGACCUGGCCCAAGGUCGAGUUCGGCAUGUCUUGGCAGGGCAUCAGCACUCCGUCCGGUGUAUGGCCGUGUACGGUGAUAUGGUAGCGAGUGGCAGUUACGACUUUACAUGCCGCUUGUGGAAUUGGCGCACCGGCCAAUGCUUACAUGUGCUGAAGGGCCACCAACUGCAAAUCUAUGCGAUUGCAUUUAAUGGCACGCACGUCGUCACAGGCAGCUCCGAUUCAACGGUACGUGUGUGGGAUGCACAACGAGGCACAUGUCUCGCAGUGUUCCAAGGAUAUACCCAUGUGGUGGCGCAGCUGCAUUUGCAAGACGAUAUUCUAGCGACGGGCAGCAGUGAUGGACGUGUGAUUGUGUACUCCAUGCGUACGUUUGAGAGCCUUUAUCGCGUUUGUGCGCACGAUAGUGGCGUUACGACACUGCAGCUUCGUGGCGCCCACCUCGUUACAGGCGGCUCCGAUGGCCUGGUCAAGUUGUGGGACGCGCAAACGGGCCAGUUCCUUCGGACUAUUACGGUUCGUGGAAGAUACCUGCAUUGUACUAUGUAA